AUUCUAUCCCCAAAGCCCGGAUCCAUUCUAUCCCCAAAGACCGGAUCCGAGGUUCAAGCGCCUUGUUCUCGGCCGAACAUAAACAAAGCUCGAAGAUGUCUACAACAGGAGCAGAGUACGUGAAGGACGAGUCGGGGCAGUGCUUUAUUCCUCCUUCGCAGCGGCCAGAUGGAACAUGGCGGAAGGCGCGUCGUGUCAAGGACGGAUAUGUGCCACAGGAGGAGAUGCCGCUCUAUGAGAGCAAAGGCAAGCAAUGGGCUAAGAGCCGAUCAGAGUAUCCAGUUGGGCUGAAUCCCACAGACAUUGCUGCUGCAAAGGCUCGUGUGCAGGAAAGGGAGAACUGCAUUCCAGGGCUUGCUCCACAGGCCAAGCAAGGAGGCUUAUCCAAGUCCCAGAAAAAGAAAGCAGCCAGGAAAAAGGCAUCUACAGCUGAGGCAGAGAUCACAAAUGCCCUCGAGGACACCCACAUUGCGGAGCCUGUGUCGGGCAAGAAGCAAGCCGUGGCCACAGACCCUGCCAAGCGGUUACGUAAUCUCAGGAAGAAGUUGAAAGACACAGAGAAGUUGGAAAGACAGAUUGAGAGUGGAGAGCUGAAGAACCCUGAACCGGAGCAGCGAGAGAAGGUCAAAAAGAAAGCUGAGCUCAUUCUGCAGAUAGAGGAGCUGGAGAAGGAAGUGGGAAGCAAUUAGUCAUUAGGAGAGUGAGAGAACGAGGAGAGGAAGCAUAUAAAUUUAUAUAAAAGAAAUAAAGGAGAAAGUCUUAAGAGUGGAAUAAUGAGUAGAUAAAAGUUGACAAAGAAUGAUUUGGAGGGAAGACAAAAGGUGACAUUGUUAUGUAUAAGUUUGGUGUUAGACAGGGGAGCUGCUUCAGAAACAGCCUUUUAGACUUUUUUUCUACUUUACAUUGUCACAAGCUUAAGACAAUAAAAAUGAUGGAACUUUAAGAAAGAGAUCCAGAAAAGUCCUGUAAAUACUGGAAAACUAAGAAGAGAAAAAGCUUUGUAUUAGUGAAUGAGUGCUACUACAAUUUAAAAUUGAGCUUGCAGCAAAAUUAAAAAAGAGAACGUAAUUGAUAACCACAGAAUGCAGUGUCACCAGUCAUUGAGAAAUAUAAAAAUUGUACUGUUCACAGUUUGUAUUCUGGAAAGAUUCAAAAAGAAAAAUGCAGAUUUAAAUGGUUAAAGAUUAAUGGUGAAAAAACGUUUACUUCCAGUUGUAAUGAGUUGUUUUAUGACUUUGGAAAUUUUAUCUUUCUACAGGUUUAAAAAAUAAUGGUAUGAAAUUGAUUUUUUUGCCCCUUAGAUUGUGAUGUUUAUGAGUAGCAUAUGAGUUUAAAAGAUCAGUAGUAAUAGGUAUUUGUAAUUGUUUUGGUUUGAUGUUUAGUGUUGAUAAUCCUUGUUAUUUUUAGUAUGUUGUUUGCCCUCUUCACAGAAAUAUGUUGAUUUUUUCUACACCAUAUAAAAUAACACCCAGACAUGGUAUUAUGUUAAAUAAACAUGAAAAAGAAAUGUGUCCAUGAAAUGAUAAACUUUUUGCAAAUUUUAUACAUGCAUUUAAAAGAAGAGUUCUGAAGCCUAUAUAUAUACAUAUAUUUUUCUGAUGUGUAUGGGAUAUUUUUUUUUUUUUUUUCAUUACUGUUUUAGAUGUUGCAUUGUGGGAACUGUGUUGCAAAUAAAUUUUUCUCAAAGCUA